ACGACAAGGGGUCAGUAAAAUGGCGAGUUUCCUAGCUGAAAAAUAUGUCUACGUCAUGGACGACUUGGGCGAUCCUCGUGUCAAAGACUGGAUCAGCGUUUCCAGCCCCGCUCUCGCUUUAACCACAAUCUUCAUCUACCUCCUCUCGAUCUACAUCUUCUUGCCCGCCUACAUGGAAAACCGGACGCCUUACAACCUCAAGACUUUCCUCUACUUCUACAACAUCUUCCAAAUCGUCUAUUGUCUUUCACUCAUCUACGGAAUCGCAACUUCCGGUUUGACUUUAUUUUGUCAACCCGUGGAUUAUUCCACUGACAAACAAGCAAUGAGAACUCUAAUCUGCCUCUACUACACUUACGUCCUCAAAGGCAUCGAAUUUAUCGAAACCGUCGUCUUCAUUCUUCGCAAAAAAUACAACCAAGUUUCGCCGCUCCAUGUGUACCAUCACGUCUCGACUUUUGUUUUACUGUGGAUCAUGGUCAAGUUCGUGGGUGGUGGAAUGGUCGCUUUUCAAAUUGCAGUUAACAGUGUUGUUCACACCCUCAUGUACUCUUACUACUUUUUGGCAAGUUUGGGGGAAGAGUGGCAAAAGAAACUGGAGAAAUGGAAGCCCAGACUGACUGUUUGUCAGAUGGUACAGUUUGCUGUACUGAUUGUGCAUUCGCUGCAGCUCCUGUACCCGGAUUGUCAUAUGCCGACGGAGCUUCUGGUGAUUUAUCUUCCGGAUGUGUUUGUGGUGUUCUACAUGUUUUGGGAGUUUUAUAGGAAGAACUAUCAUGACGAGAAGAAGGAUUGAGUUUUUUUUUGUACGAAUACCUGUAUACCUAACAAAAUUCUGAU